AGAAGAACUGGUAGUGCCACCCCUUUAAAUAUGGGUCUCCCCUGGGCAUAAGUAACGAGGGUUGGAGAUUCUGAUUUUAGGAGCAAAAGAGGAGUGAGGGGGUUGGUGAGGCUAAAGAUUCUGUCUCCUGUGUAGCUUAUAUCUCUGCAGAUUUUUUUCUCCUAGAUGGGAAAAAGAUAUCUAGGGUAUAAGACUGUGGGGUGUUAAGCCACAGGUAUGAUGAUCUUUUAAUCACCUAUGGGAUACAUAAGCAGGAAGAUUUAACUCUCCCUUAAAGCUUGGAAAAAUUACUUUUUUGGCCAACAACUGCCGGAAUCCCUCAGCAAGCAUGGAUACUGGCUGUCCUCAGCAGUUUGCUUUCCCAUAUUCCUACCUCUGUAAAGGAAGGGGGCUCUUACAACUUGAAUCUGCCUUACCUAGAAUUAAAAUCUGAAAUAUUCCAAAAUCCCAAAUUGCCCACAUGGGUGGCUGAGGUAGUGAUAGCUUUGCUUUCUAAUGGUUCAGUGUACACAAACUUUGUUUCAUGCACAAAAUCAUUUAAAGGGAUAUGUAUAAAAUUAUCUUCAGGCUAAGUGGAGGAAGGUGUAUACAAAACAUAAAAGAAUGUUAUGUUUAGACAUGGGUCCUAUAUCAAAGAUAACUCAUCAUGUAUGCAUAUGCAAAUACAGGUAUUCCAAAAUCUAAAAUACUUCUGGUCCCCACCAUUUCAGAUAAGAGAGACUCAACCUGUAGUAAAGUAAAUUGUGGGGUAGGGGGCCCAGUUGCACAAAAAGUAAGAACCAUCUCCUAUUUUCACUUUUAAAGUUGGACACUUCCCUCCAAGACAACUUUUGCUUUAUAAGUAUGGGUGCAAGACCACACUGAAAGAGGCAAGCUCUCACGUUUGAUUUGGGCCUCGAUUUUAAAAUGGCCAGUCUCUGGUCUUCAGUUCUGCAUUAAUUAUUUGGAUAAAUUGAUCUUCAGUUUUGCAGAAAUUUGUCUAUGAACUGGAACCACAUAAAGGUGCUUACAAUAGUAGAAAUGUUGUGGGGGAAAGAGCUGUUUUAAAAAAUGUAGACCAGUGGAAGUACCUUCCUUUUGAUCACAGCUUGAAAGUGGCCAUUCUGCUUGGGAGAUUUGGGGAGUUAUAGUAAAAAAAAUCCAAAAUCUGCAAAACAGCAAUACCUUUACAAGGAGAGCAAAAAGUGUAAAAUACGUCAUGUAAGCUUUUGGAGCUCCACUGUCUUCAUCAAACAAAAUAUAUUUUUAAAAAAUCAUAGAGGAGAAGAAAAAUGUUUAUGUUAAAGCCACAAGCCUAUGUUUCAUAUCACAUAUUGUUUGUGUUGUAGUUACACUGGCCUGGAGGAAUCUCAAUGCAGGCAAAGGUCACUCCUUUCUUAGCCAUGUGGGGACUGAAGACAAAUUGAAACUCUAUCAGCAGCAUAAAGAGAAGUUAUUUUACUUGUCAUUAAUGGAGUUUUAACAUCGUUUGCUUGGUGAAGAAGCUAGUGGAGCUUCAAAAGCUUACAUGAUGUAUAUUGUGAUGUUUAGUUAGGGGGAGGGAGGUACAGGUCAAGUCUCCCUUGUUCAGAAUUUGAAAAUCCAAAAUAUUCCAAAAACCAACACUUUUUUCACGGGUGGCUGAGACAGUGACACUUUUGCUUUCUAAUGGUUCAGUGUACACAAACUUUGUUUCAUGCACAAAAUUAUUAUGAAUCAUAAAUGAAUUUUGUGUUUAGACUUGGGUCCCAUCUCCAAGAUAUCUCAGAUUAUGUAUACUCAGAUCUUAAAAAAUAAAAAAUCUAAAUUCUGAAACACCUCUGCUCCCAAGUAUUUGAGGUAAGGGAGACUCAACUUGUAUCAUUGUUUUGUGGAAUUUGGAUUUUGAAGUAUUUUGCUGCCUGGACAAUUUGUUUACCCUCCAAUAUAUUUCCUCAUCAAAAAAGUGACUUUUCCAAACUCUGCUUUCAAUUUUAGAGUGUUGAAAACCACAGUCUUGGAUCUUUCCUCAGGACCCUUUCCUUUAGCAAAUAUUCACACAUAAAGGGGUGAAUUCUUGAAGUGUUAUGGAGGAAAAGCUUUAUCUGGAAUGUAGAAUUGUGUAUUGCCUGCAUGCAGAGAAAAGAAACUGAAUUGGAAUUUUGCACCUUUUCUCUGGGCCGAUACAUGUUUGGGAAACAUAUUCCCAUUUUAAGGUAGAACCUCGACAACCCUUGAACAAGCCAAGUACUGUAUUCCUUGAUAGCCUUUGCCAUACUGCUCACUAGAGAAUCAAGUAUGCGUUCCUGAAAGUAUCACUAAUUUCAUUUGGUGUUUCUGUGUUCAAGGCCCAAUCUAGACGGGCCUUUGCGGCGCCCCGUCACAUGCUAGGGGUUGGCCGAGGGCGCACCACCCAUACGUGCCUCACUCCUAGCACGUGACGAGGGCAUCAGAAUGGCAGCACCCUAUAUAUACGGGCGCCGCCAUUUUGACGCGACAGAUGCUUAGUGUCCACACGUCACGCUCCCAUAAGGACUUCAUGAGCGUGCCAUUGGUGCACUGCGACAUCCUUAUAGUGCCGCAGAAAGAACCCGCAUUUUGCAGGUUCUUUUUGCUGCGUGAGGGAGCCGCGCGGUUUGGCCGCUGCGGCUCCCUCGCGCAGCAAAACAAGGUGUGGGCGGACUGCCCUUUUUGGGCGGUCUGUAUCCCACCUUAAUAACACAGUAGAAGAAGGGUGGAGAAUUCUGACCCUGAAAUAAGCAUCCAGAAAUGUGUGAUUGACAUUUGGAAGAUCUAUCCAAUGUCUCCACCCAGUCUGAUUCCCCCCCCCCCCGACCAUGCUUCAGAUCCUUCUGUGUUGUUGAGCACAACAAACAUUAACUAUUCUAUUGCAGCCAUGUGGGGAAUUUCAGAAUCUGCCAUAUUUUUAAUAUAGCUGUUCUAUACAUUUAUUUCUUUUUGAUCCCCCAUACCAACAUGCUCUGAGCUUGAAGGGUCGUGUGUGUGGAUUAGUAGUAGAUUUUAGAUUAAUUUUUCCCCUCUCAUGAAAACAUGUUUUUCUACCUGUCGCUUUCCAUGUAUUCUCUGUCUCUGUCCUCUUGGGUGUGCUAUUGACCAGUAACUGUAAUGGGCAUGUCUGGUUUGUUAUACAUUUGGAAUAUAUUUAAUAUUUCCUCCUCCUCCUCCUUUGUAAGGCACAUUGUUUUUAUCUCUCGAAGUCUUAUGACUCACUCGGUUUGACAGAAAAGUGAAUGCAGCUUAAGUUUUGUGAUGUGCUUAUUAAACGACAAGUUGUGGAUAUUCCAUUCCGGUCAAUCCUCUGGUGUUGGAGCUACUACACAAACCAAGAUUCACUAUUAAAAAAAAGUUUUACCUCCGACUUAUCCACAGGUCAUAUCAAAAUCCAUCAUUCUGGGUCCAAAAUCUUCCCUCGACUCAUACAUGAGGUCGAUUUAUAGUCGAAUAUAUACGCUCCAGUAAUACAGUCGACAACAAAUAUGGCGGAAUGUGGCUUCCUACGAUCGGGGCCAAGAGUGAACCAAAGAAAAAGAGACUCUCAUGUGUUCCGGUCUGGAGCAGCUCUGUCACAGAACAAGCAGGAGCUGGACGAGGGAUUCCAGCCACGGCAGGAAUCUUGGCAGCAGGAAAAGGACCCAAACACAGUGCUGUCUCCUUACUCUGUGUGGCGCCCAUCGCGGUUGUUUGAACCUGUCUCCAGCGAGGACAUGAAAGAAUUUAAGACUUCUUAUCAGUCGUUGAAAGAUGCCAGCCAGUUGCCUAGAGGAGGAGGUGCAAUAGCAAUGCAGACUUUGCCGGACCUUGGCGGGAAAAUCCGAGAGGCCUGUGAAAGUUGGGAAGGUUCUGAAAGGUUGAAAGAGCAGAUUCCAGAGGAGGCUGACCCAGACCGCUUGGAGAUAAAGCGCCAGCACUUCCGGCACUUCUGUUACCAGGAGAUCGAAGGGCCCCGGGCAGUCCUGAGUAAGUUGCAGGAACUUUGCCACCAGUGGCUGGUGCCGGAGAGACACACCAAGGAGCAGAUUGUGGACUUAGUGGUCCUGGAGCAGUUCUUGACCAUCCUGCCCCUGGAGAUGCAGAUCUGGGUAUGCAAAAGUGGGCCUGCCACCUGUGCCCAGGCCUUGGCUUUGGCUGAAAGCUUUCUCUUGAGGCUGCAAGAGGCUGAGAACCAGGAACCAAAGGGAUCUGGACUAGUGGAGGAAGCAUUUAUUACUUCCCCAACACUGAAGCAGGAUCUGUCAGACACAAUGGAGAUCUGCAUCUCUGAGGCAGAAGAGGAGCAGGAGGCCAUCUUGAUGGGUGGUGCUGCUGUGGCUCAGGUAGGCGCCUGUCAGUUGGAGACGAAGCUCCCAGCAGCGGUACACAGAACAGAUGCAUCGCCAGUUGUUGUGGAGGUGCAGUUGCAGGAUGACUCUGUGCGUGAAAUGGAGCAGAAGUCCCCAGCUCCAGCCUCACGGCGGAAAGUACCUUGGUCUGGCUUUGAGAAAGCCUUUACGUAUGUCCGCCAGAGGGGGAAAAACCUGGUUGUGCAAUGCAAUUACUGUCUGCCAGCUUAUAAGACUGUGAGUGCAGCUAUUACCUCUUCAUCAAAUCUGAAGAAACAUUUGGAGAGAGCGCAUCCUGAGAAGCUUAAAAUAAUUGAAAGCACAAAAAGGGCAAGAAGACGGGGCUAUUCUGUAGAACUGAGACAUGAUGAUGAUCCCCCUGCUCUCAAAAUGCCAAAACAGCAUGAGCAGCAGACAGCCCCAGACAGAUGGGGAUACGGCAAGGAGACAGUCACUCAGAGGAUACUUGACAAGAAAAUCAUGGAUUUCAUCGUGGAAGAGACGCUGCCCCUUCAGACUGUGGACAGAGCAUCAUUCAUUGGGCUGGUCCGUCUUGGCCUUCCAAAAGGCCUCACCAUCAUGUGCGCCAACACCCUAAGGGACAGAAUUGAGAAGAGGGCGGCUGGCAUGAGGGAAACCCUUGCAAGCCGGAUGGGCGUUGUGUCUCAUGUGGCAACCACUGCCGACUGCUGGACUGAUGGCAAGAGGAACUUCUUAGGGGUCACAGCCCACUGGAUCAGCCCAACUACUCUGAAGCGGGAGUUUGGGGCCUUGUCAUACAAGCGUCUAAAAGGGCACCUUACAUACAGCGUCCUUGCAAAAGCUCUUCAUGAUGUACAUAUGCAGUACCGGAUUCACAACAAAGUUGUAUGCACAACCACGGACAAUGGCUCCAACUUUGUGAAAGCAUUCCGGGUAUUCAGGGCCAAAGAACUAGAGGAUGCUACAGAAACCAGUGCAGAAGAGGAAGAAGAGGAAGCGGAGAUGGAGGAGGAAGAGGAGGAGGAUGACAACCAGGAAGACUCUGAGGUAAAAUUCUUGCCAGUCUCUGAGUUGUUGGACACGGGUAACAAGGCAGAGGAAGAAAUAGCAGGCUCCAAAGACUUUAGUUUGCCACCACACCAGAGAUGCAUCAGCCACACACUCAACCUAGUGGCAACACAAGACAUACAAACCAUGGUUUCAGAUUCCUCUAAAAAUAGCCUUCUUGGUCCUUUCAGGAGACACUUUUCUUCCUUGAUGGAGAAGUGCAGCAAACUGUGGUCCAAGCAGAAGCAAUCAAAGCAGUUGGUGGAGUACAUCCGGGAGCAGUGUGGCGUCUGUCUCAAGGUACCAAACAAGACCCGGUGGAAUUCCACCUUUGAUGCACUUAAGCAACUAAAUGAACUCCUCUCUACUGUGCCACUAAAAGUGGAUGCCAUAAUGGACCAGUGCUCCUUGGCUAGGUUCACACCUGCAGAGAGUCUGGUUGUGCAGGAGUACACUGAGAUCAUGUGGCCCUUAGCCCAGUCUCUUGACAUCCUGCAACGAGAGAAUGGCAUGUUCAUGGGGUACCUGUUGCCAACUCUGUACAAUUUGGACCGCAAGUUACAGGGGCUGGAAAACAAGCCUGUCAGGUACACGUACUGUCUUCCCCUGUUGAAGGGUGUCCGCGAAGCGCUAAGGAAACGAUUUGCAGGUAUUUGGGAGGACAAGAAGCUUCUCCUGGCAGCCUGCUUACACCCUCGUUUCAAAGUGGACUGGUUGGAAUCAGCUCAGACUGCCCAGAUCAACAGGUACAUGAUGGAAGCUUUGGUGAAGGCUGAAAUAAGGGGCACAGUUAGUGAGGAAAAUGACAGGUCUUCCGAGAAAGACCAGGACAGUGACAGUCUGGAAGACGACUUCUUCAACAUCCGGCCCCGGGGCAAAAAGUCAGCAGUGGACAGCGCCGAUGAGGAAGUCUGGGAUUACCUGAAGUGCCCCAGCCGGGAAGUGUCCUCCCUCCAUGCCUUUCCGCGGGUCAUGCAGAGCUUCCUCCAGUACAACACCGGCAUGCCUUCCAGCGCCGCAGCGGAACGCCUCUUUUGUGCAGAGUGCAAUGGCGCGACGGUGAAAAGACAUUCCUUGUCGGACGAGGUCUUUGAGCAGCUGGUUCUUUUGAGGCAGAACAGGGCGCUCUUUUAAAAACAGCAUUUGAAGGGUAGUUUUUAAAGUGUAUAAAAUAUUUCCGCACAUUUUUUUCCUUGGGGUAUUUGUCGCUAGAGAGAAGACAGAGCUAGGCAUGUUGUUGUGCCGCUCUGCUAUUAAGGUAUUCUCUUAUACUAUUAUUAAUCCUAUGGAUAAAAUUACUUUUUAUUCUA